AUGGAGAUCAGAGCAACAAAGAUUGUGAGGAGAUCAAUCUUCAUCUUUCUCAAGGAUUAUCAGUUUUUCACCAACAUCCCGGUUCUUCUCAUGCUUCCUUUCUCUGUUUUUGUUCUUCUCUUGCAGGCCUUUUCCUCCUCUUCCACUUCACCACUUUUUGUCAUCCAUGCUCUUGGAUUUUCUCCCUCUUUGCAGCUGUUUUUGCUUAGUGAUUUUGGUGUUUCUUACAGCAUCUUUUCCUCUGUUUUCAGUCUCCCCUUCACACUUUCCUCCCUUGUCAUGGCAAAGGGUUAUAUAAUUCAAGCUUUGAAUCAGCAUAAAAUGGUUCUUCCGCCAUCCUUUUCCUCUUUGGUUUCAAUUUACAGGUCCCUCUUCCUGACCCAAGUCUGCAAUUCAGUGAUCAUCUUCACAGCCAACGCAGUUGCCUUCUCAGUUCUGUUCAUGGGGUUUAAUUCCCUUGAAUCAUUUGACUCUUCAUCGAAAAAUCCUCUCAUACUGUUUGUUGCUGGAUCUUUUUCUUACUCCUUUCUGGCCAACACCAUGGUUCUCUGCAACUUUGCUUUGGUUGUGACAGGGAUGGAGAAUUGUUCCGGGUAUUUGGCAGUCUUUAAAGCCUGCAGUUUGCUGAGGAGGUGUGGGAACUCAAGGGCUCUGCUGAUGGCUCUGCCAGCUAAUUUGGGUGCUGCUGCUGUUGGAGCAUUGUUUCAUUACCGAAUUGUAAGAGCUUAUCACCUUUCUGGAAGGCCAGGCUGCAUUUAUAUGGCCUUGGAGGGGUUGCUCAUUGCUUACUUGUAUUCCCUCCUAAUUGUUCUUGACACAAUUGUGAGUUGUUUGUUCUUCAAGAGCUGUAAGCCAACUUUUCAGAUGGAUCAAACUGGUGGAUGCCAUUACCAGAUAGAGCUUGUCAAGGGAGAAGACAACGGCACUUAUGCAAAUAGGAAAAUUCCAUGA